UUCAUUCUUCAGUGCCACUGCUGGAGCAUGUUACUGGGACCGACCGACCAUGGAGCACCUUCGCCGUCAUGUAGUCCAACGUUAACGUGGCUCGAAUAGACCGUCGAGUGGGGCUUUGGAGCGGUGGGGACGGACGACGAGUCGCUGGGGUCGAGCCAUGGCCGCGCGGGAGGAAGGAGAGGCUGUACACGGUAAAGCGAGGCACCACCACGACGGAGGCAGCAGCUCGGACGGCUUCAGGAACGGAUACGUGAAGAGCUGCGUCACCCCCCUCAAACAGGACCACCACAAAGGCUUUUUUUUCACCGAAGAUCUCCUCGGUUCCAAGGUCUUCAAAGUUUCUGCCGUCUACGUCGGCGCCGUUGUCAUUUUGGCUCUUUCUGUGCUCCUCUCCCGGAGCUUGCCAAACGACUCGCGGUGGGAUUUGCGGACUUUGGUGUCGGGCUUCUCGCAGUCCGCCAGUCCUCUCUUCAGCAUCGGCUGUGCCUUCUUCUUCCUGACCUUCUACCUGAGGAGGAGGAGGAAGAAGGAAGAGGGCAGCCACUGGUGGCUCCUGUCGCUGCCAGCGUCGUGCUACCUCGGGGACUUCAUGGUGCUUCGCUUCUUGCCAUGGGGUGAGGAGCAGCACCAGAUGCAAAUGGUGGGCAGGUUGUUGUUCGUGUUGGGGUGCGUGGGGCUCCUCACGCUCGUCCCCACGCUCAAACUCAAACACAGCGUGCUCGUCCUGCUCUUCGCCAGCGUGGUGUGGUUGCUCUCCUUCACCAGUUUAGGCGGGCUGCCUCCUCUCCUCAGGCCGCUGUUGGCUUGUGUCGCCGGACUCUGCGGCUCCCUGCUGGGGAUCGGUUUCGACCGGUGUUACCCGCCCCGGGAAGCUCCGACCGGGGGCUCCGGGACGGAGGACAAGGUGCCCGUCAUCAGAGCUAGGAGACGCUCCAGUUGCGUGUCCCUGGGGGAAACGUCCAACAGUUAUUAUGGCAGCUGUAAAAUGCCGCGGAGACCGUCUUUGCCGUGUAUAUCCCGAGAGCAGAUGAUCUUGUGGGACUGGGAUCUUAAACACUGGUACAAACCACAGUAUCAGGGUGCAGCAACCGGCAAUGGUGUUGACCUUUCAGUCAUCAAUGAGGCCAGGAACCAGGUGUCAGAGCUGUUGAUGGACUCAUCUUUGUCGCCCCACACCAUCUCAACGCUUCACAGCAUCUCCAGCCUCAUGGGGACCUUCUCAGGCUCGUGUCGCCCCCGGGUCAACCCUUUUACCCCAUUCCCUGGCUUCUACCCCUGUGACGAGGUGGAUGACUUGGUAGAGAGGAGUGAACGAAAAACCAUUAAGGGUUUGAGCAGCAGAAACAGCCUCCCUACUCCUCAGCCCAGGCGGAGUUCUACCUCCUCUUCUGUGCUGCCUCCUCUCGACUCACUGUCAUCACGAUGGGAACGUAGCACUGGGAAGAGAUCCCACCCAGACCUUAACUUGAUUAGCUCAGGUCUGUCCAAUGGUCCAAAUGCAAACCUACUCACCAUUCCUAAGCAGAGAUCUUCAUCUGUCACCCUCACCUACCACGUAGGGUCCAGGAGAGCAGGGACCUCACCUAGUUUGAGUCCUGUCACUUCUCCUAGCCACAGUCCUUCAUCUAUAACCACAGGCUCUUCAUCAUCCCUAGUCACCCGUUCGCCUGUGGAGUUCCCAGACACGGCGGACUUCCUGACAAAGCCGAGUGUCAACCUAAACUUGCACAAGCCUUUGGGCUACACGCUCAGCUCGAGUGACUUCCAGCAGGCAUUCCGCAGCUCCACUUUACCUCUUUGCACCAGUUGCGGGCGUCAAAUGCCAAAGGGGGUUUGCAGCAGUGAUUCGGGAGAUCUCCAUCAGCCCCUUCUCAGUGAGGCCCAACGCAGGCGCUCAGCAGCAGUUGAAGGGUCAGAGUUCACAGGGGAGCCUUUAAUCAGGGAAGAGAGCGUGGACGUAGACUCACCUGAAGAGUCUGACAACACAGUGAAGCAGGGCCAUGCUGAGGAGGAGGAUAGCUCCAGCACAGAGAAGCAGACUCAGGAAUCUGGGAGUGAUCAGGAGUUUCAACUAGACCCCAUGCUAGAAGACCACGAAGCCCUCAUGGAGAGGAUGAAUACAUGGAACUUCCAGAUCUUUGACUUGGUGGACAAAACAGGAGGAAAGACGGGGAGAAUACUCAGCUAUGUGACUUACACCCUUUUCCAGGAUACGUGUCUGUUUGAAAUAUUCAAGAUCCCUGUGAGGGAGUUCAUGACAUACUUCUUUGCUCUGGAAAAUGGCUACAGGGACAUUCCCUAUCAUAACCGGGUCCAUGCUACUGAUGUACUGCAUGCUGUCUGGUACCUCACCACUCGGCCAAUCCCUGGGUUCCAGCAGAUUCACAGUGACCAUGUGACUGGGAGUGACACAGAUUCAGACAGUGGGAUCUCUCCUGGGAGGAUCUCGUAUGCCUCAUCGAAGAGCUCUUCUAUAUCAGAUGACAGCUAUGGCUGCCUGGCUUGGAACAUCCCAGCUCUAGAGCUUAUGGCCCUAUAUGUAGCAGCUGCAAUGCACGACUAUGACCACCCUGGUCGCACUAAUGCCUUUUUAGUUGCCACUAACGCGCCUCAGGCGGUGCUGUACAACGACCGCUCUGUGCUGGAGAACCACCACGCUGCGUCUGCCUGGAACCUCUACCUGUCGCGACCAGAGUUUAACUUCCUGGUCAACCUAGACCAUGUGGAGUUCAAGCGCUUUCGCUUCCUGGUCAUUGAGGCCAUUCUAGCCACAGAUCUCAAGAAACACUUUGACUUCCUGGCCGAGUUCAAUUCCAAGGUCAAUGAUGUGAACAGUCCAGGAAUUGACUGGAGCAAUGAAAAUGACAGAUUGCUGGUGUGCCAAGUGUGUAUCAAGCUGGCAGACAUCAAUGGCCCGGCCAAAGUCCGCGACCUGCAUCUGAAAUGGACCGAAGGCAUUGUCAAUGAAUUUUAUGAGCAGGGGGAUGAAGAAGCAGGUUUGGGCUUACCCAUCAGCCCUUUCAUGGACCGCUCCGCCCCACAGCUCGCGAAGCUACAGGAGUCCUUCAUCACACAUAUUGUCGGCCCACUUUGCAACUCAUACGAUGCUGCAGGUUUACUGCCUGGCCAGUGGGUCAAUGGAGAUGGAUCGGAUGAAGACGACGAGGGUCGUGUGGACUUGGACACUGACAAAGACGAUGAUGAUGAUGAUGACGACAAUGAAGAUGAAGAUGAUGAGCUUGAGGAGGAUCUGCGACCAAAAAGGAGAAAAAGCCACCGCCAAUUUUUUUGCAACAUCAUGCACCACCUGACCGAGAACCACAAAGUGUGGAAGAAGGUCAUCGAGGAAGAGGAAAGGAGCAAAGAUGCAGGCCAGCCGCAGCAGCCUGAUAGCCUGCAGGACAGCAUGCCCUCUUCACCCUCAGAUGACAUUCAGGUCAUUCAGGAGGAAGAGGAAGGGGAGGAGCGUCAGUAGAACCAUAACGUGUAGAAGAAGGAAGAAGAGAAAGUCCUUCACCCAAAGGCUUUUUAUACACUGACAUGCACAUAAGUGACAGUCUUCACAAACACGCUGAACACUGUGCAGUCAACUUAUGGCUAAGCGAGAGAAAAAAAAGACCUAACCACUGUGAGCGGACCCUCGCUACAACAGUGGGAGUCCAACUCCUAUGCACUUUCAACUCCCCGUGGAGAUCCUAGGACCUGCUCAAUAAAGCAACACCACAAGUGAGGUCGCUGGUGUGGCAGAAAAGUGUCCGGUUCUUCGGAUGACUGAGAUGAUGCCUUGAAUGCGUAGCGCUUAUACCUCCCCUAGGUACAAAACAAGUCGGGACUAUUUAAAUAAAAGAAAACGAGAGGUAGAGAAUGAACCAAGCAAGUAAUGUGGAGACGCCAUCGACACCCUUUACCAAAGUAAACUGUUAAAAUGCGGAAAGACAAAACUGAGACUCUUUUAGUCUCAGUUUCGCGUUUAUUUUUUGGGAAUUCUAUAAAUAUCGGGUGAUUGAAAAGUAACUACCCAAUUCAACAAAAUAUUUGUAAUGUAUUCAAAUGUUUUAAUAUUGUUUCCAUUUUAUGAGGUUUAUGUCCUUUGAUGAAUAGCAAUUUAAUCUUUGCUCUCAUUUUCUUUCCAGAUCUGUUAAUUUCAGAGCCCUACAAAUAUGACUUUUUCUGGCUAUGGGUAAACAUGUCAUGAAUAGCUUGCACUCUCCUCAGGUCCCUGGAAGUUGGAGGGUGACCUCUUCUUUGGAUGUCAGCCACAAAUCCUGUGGUUAUGAGGUUUUUUUUUUUUUUUUUUUGAACAAGUCCUGAUUGUCUUAGCCUCAACUUAAGCAUGUCUCCUUUUAAAGAUUCGCCGCCAUUUUUCAUUUUUGCACUUGAACAAUGGAUCUCAAAACUAUGUCCAGCUAUUUAUGUAAGGCUCUGAAAUCUCAAACAAAUGAACAGAUCUGAAAGGAAAACGAAAACAUGGAUUUAAUUGCCAUUCAUGAAGGAAAAUACACAAAGAAACUGAGAUAUAUAUUACAACAUUUGAAUAAAUUACAAGUAUUAUGAAAUAGGGAGUUGAUUUUUAAUCACCCUGUAUAAUGUAUAUACUGUAUAUGUAUACAGUAUAUGUGUGUACAAAUAUACAUAUACAAAGUACAUAUGUGAGUAUAUGCAUAUAUGUAUAUAGUAUAUCUCAGAUGUGCCUGUCUGAACCUUAACUGAGUCCAUAUUGGCCCAGAGCCUUGGCUUGUGUAGUUCUCUCUCCUUGCUGGUGACACGAAAACACUGUAUGACACUCAGUCACAGAGACAUGAUUUGAAAUGUUGACUGAUAAAUAGCAUUAUUAUAUGCGCAUCAUUUUUGAUGCCGUUACUCAUGUGUACCACCACCUUCUGUUGUUUUCUUUUCCUACAAUAUGUUUAGAAUGUCUGAUUAUAAUUUUUUGAGGGGAAGAAUGUGAUAGUAUGGAGAAAGAGAGCACAUUUGUAAUUAUUUUUAGUACACGAUUUUUGCGUAUGCUUAAGUCUUUUCAUUUGUGUCAAUGGUGUUGCUAUCUCAAUGAAUGGAGUUUUAAUUUCCAGUUGAUUUUGUUUUUUAAAGGUUACUCAGGAUUCAUGCAAAUUUACAUUGUAUCACAAAAGUGAGUACACCUCUCGCAUUUCUGCAGAUAUUUAAGUAUAUCUUGUCAUGGGACAACACUGACAAAAUGACACUUUGACACAAUGAAAAGUAGUCUAUGUGCAGCUUAUAUAAUAGAGUUAAUUAUUUUCCACUCAAAAUAUAGCCAUUAAUAUCUAAAGCCCUGGUAACAAAUGUGAGUACACCCCUUAGAAACUACGCCCAUCCCUACUGUAAAUGUCGAAAUUGGGUACUGUUUGUCAUUUUCCCUCCAAAAGCCUGCAAACAGUUUGCUGAAGACAUGUCAACAAAGCACAUGGAUUACUGGAACCAUGCCCUAUGGUCUGAUGAGACGGGCGGGCUUUCUUGUGUACCGUCUUCAGAAGAGGCUUCCUCCUGGGGUGACAGCCAUACACACCAAUUUGAUGUAGAGUGCGGCGUUUGGUCUGAGCACUAACAGGCUGACCCCCCACCUCUUCAAUCUCUGCAGCAAUACGGACAGCACUCCUGUCAUGAGUCAAAUGACAUUUUGGAAGGAAAAUGACAAGCAGUACUCAAUUUGGACAUUUAGGGAUGUACGUUUUUUCAAAGGGUUGUACUCACUUUUGUUGCCAGGGGUUUAGAUAUUAAUGGCUAUAUUUUAAGUUAUUUUGAGCGGAAAAUAAAUUAACUAUUAUAUAAGCUGCACACAGACUGCUUUUCAUUGUGUCAAAGUGUCAUUUUGUCAGUGUUGUCCCAUGAAAAGAUAUACUUAAAUAUCUGCAGAAAUGUGAGGGAUGUACUCACUUUUGUGAUACACUGUAUAUGAUUGCGUUUCAAGAAUUAAUGUCAUAAAUCUUGAACUGACUUUAACGAUGAACACCACGCAGUACAUCUGUGUGAGUGAAGGAUUUGAGUGAACAAGUCGACCACAAAAUAUAGCAAUUGAGAUCCCCUCUGGAGUAACACUUGUUCGGCCACAUGGUGACAAUUUUCCUUCAGUUCUUAUUUGUUUUUUUUUUUUGUUUGUUUUGUUUUUGUUUUUUAACAGUACAACAACCAGGUGCCUUUUUUCAGCUAACAAACACUUCAUCUUCAGUGGUGCCUUGAGAUAUGGGUUUAAUUGGUGACCAUGCUCCCAACUCAAAACUUGUAUCACAAACCAUCUGUCACCAUUCCAGUCUAGAGAGUGGCCCUUCUGUGUUUGUCUGGAUUCACAUCGUCAUUGACUCGAUAAAUUGCAAAGAUUUAGGUGUUUUUUGCACAAAGGAUAAAGAAUAUAGUCUGUGAUAGUUCUUGUGUUUCUCCACUUUCAGGUUACUCAUAUCUCAAGGCACCAUAUUUGACCUUUUCCCUUUUGUGGUCAGUGUAAAGAAGGGACCCAGGUGUAUUUUUUCCCCUGAUCAAUCUCUGCAUUCCAUUUUAUGAAAGGGAAUUGUCUCUUUCACGUUACCAAUCAUAAAGUCUGCGAAGCGUGUUAGCUCUAAUUGAGGUAGUAAUAUUUAUAUAUACAAUUUUUAAAAAAGACACAGGUGUGCUCAUUUUAAUACCAGACAAGUGUUCAGCCACUGUACAAAAAAAAGAGUAUGUGCAUAAAUAUAUAUAUUUUUGGAUAAUCAAUUGAAUGAAUCCAUUUUCUACACACAUGUAGACACACUUGUGAUCCUGGCCUUGUUUAUAUCUCCCUUCUUUCACACGUGGAGUUAUGCUGUAUCUUUGUCUAUUUAUCGUUUCAAUCGUGUUCAUUCUGUGCAUUUGUCAUCAUUUGUCCUUCACUAGUGCCAAUCCUGACCAACGUGCAGUUGGCCGUGACAUUAGCGUUCCAGUAUUGUCAGAGGGGCAGCCAAAGUAGCAGACUGGACUCAGGUCAGAGCCACAUUCGUUCUUUCCCAUGGAACCAUUCUGGACCACAAGUUACAAUUGUAUUCUGUCCAACUGAGUUGUCGGCUUUACCGCAGUAUUUCAAAUCCACCGUGUCCUCGGAUAAUUGUGCCAUAAAUACAUCAAUGAAGUUAACUUCGUGUGGCUGCUGUGCCAUAUACAUAAGUUUUGUCUAAUGUAACCAUUUACCUUCACCAACGCUGUGGGAGCAACUGAUUUUUGUUGAUAUUUAUGGCGGUCAUAAAACAGCAUCCCUGAAGUACUUCAAGUAGUUCCUGUUCAUUGAGUGUGUGUUAGUGUGUGGGGGAAACAAGUUCUGGAGUUAGGUAGCAAAUCAAUGACGUGUUGAGUGUUUAUUAUCCUUCAAAAGUAAAAAUACCCCUUACAUUUUUGUAAAUGUUAGAUAUUUUCAUGGGCAAAGUUUGCAAUUUUGGU